UUUCAGAUGUACUUACCGAUCCUGCUCCUGAUAACGGCAGUGGCAAUAGAAGCCAAAUCCAGGUAUCCAGAUCCGCCAGUUUUCCCAUCGCCAGUCACUUAUCCAAGUAUUUGCUACUUACCGCCAGAUUCUGCGUUGUGCGACUUUUCGGCGAAUACACCUGAUAAUCUUUCAACCAGAUACUAUUUCGACGUGGCAACUCAAGAAUGUUAUCCAUUUGGCGUACAAAAAUGUGGAGGAAAUCAGAAUCAGUUCAACAAUCGCUCAGAAUGCCAGCAAUUUUGUAGAUCCUCGGAAUCUUCAUAACUUUGUAAAUUCAGUUCCAAAUUUCCCUAUUUUGCGGGUCCUAUGUCUUAUGUUCUAUCCCAUUCGCACAUUCUGUCUGAAUUGAUUUACGGGUUUCCCAAAUAAAUAGUUUAUUACU